AUGGAGAAUGACUUUACACACGAGGCGUUUGUCAACUUCCCUCCACUCUACACUGAACAGACUCAACAAUUUGUAGGUCAUGGAUCAGUGUUUGACGAGUACAGUAAGACUGCCCUAGAAAGAGGUGCAAUCUUAUUUGGAGUAUUCGGAGGCAGACAAAGUGAAGGAGUGAAUUUCUCAGACGGACUCGCACGUCUGGUUCUUCUUGUUGGACUCCCAUAUCCUCCGGAUUCUAUUAAGUUGGCACUGAAGAGACAAGACACAGGGAAUCAUUCUGGUCCACCCCAUCUCGAUCGUACUUUGUUAUGUUACAAGAAUGUGAACCAGUGCAUAGGUAGAGCGAUGAGACACAGAAUGGACUUUGCUGCUGUACUCCUCCUCGACUCUCGUUACCGCGGCAAGGACGCCAAAUACCUCUCUGGUUAUGUCCAGGAGUCUCUUAGACAGAGGGCGGUUGGAGAUUUGGAAAGUGCUCUUGAGAGUUUUUACAGAACCUUCCAUGAUGAUUGA